GUUAAUUCUCACUCACUUAUUCUAAGAUUUAAAAUUAUGUAUAGAAACUCCCCGAAAAACUGCCUCUUGAGAGAUGACGCGCAUAAAAUGUUUAACAUGCGCAUGCACUCAUUCCAUUGUCACGCAAUAAUAACCUCUUGCCUGAGACAUGUUACUUCAUGUCACAACGCACACAUUCGGUUAUCAUCAUGGCGUUGAGUCGUUCGUUGUUCGAGGUUGUCCAACCUUAUACAGACUGUAUAGCUAAAUCAGAAAUGCCAGUGAAGACAACUGUCAUCACGGGGCUUCUGUAUGGCUUCAAAGCAUUUCUUCAACAAAUUGUCUUCAAUUGUCCUCGGGAUUACCACAUCCUCUAUGGUUGCCUUUUCAUAUGUGGUCCCGCUGUCGUUUUGUUUUGCCUCUCCAUGUUAAUAUCUGAGUCCUUCUGGACCCUUGUCACUGGCUGCUUCCGUCUCCAAUCGCGUAAGCGAAGACUGGUGUGGUGGAAAUCAAGUAAAAGUGUGUAUUUGUCGCUUCUCCCGCCGUGUAUAUGGUUCGUCUUCGCUUUCAUGGAAGGUGAUUUCUAUGUCUGUUCAACUCUCGGACCCAUUAAACCCGCUCUUGACCACGCCACUGAUGAAAGCUCAAGAGAAAAGAUUCAAGAGAAGUUUGCCCAAGCGAAGAGCUUAUCGGCGAUUAUAUCUUGGUGCAUUCUUAUAACACUGGUAGUGACAGUGACAGUUUGUGUCACGCUUAGCAGAAUUCUUGCGCAAGUCGACCCAAAACUUCAAGGCGAAAUUGAAUUUGACGAGAUUGAAGCACAAGAGGCGGUGAACUUAUGGAAUGGUCGGUUACAAACCCUCGCCAAGGCUCAGGCUUUUGAAAUUAUCGAGGAAGUCUCAAACACUUUCAUUCACGACGAAGAACAUUCUGAUGUCUCGGAACAAGUUCGUCGAGGAGCAGAAUAUCUGAAAAGACUGUACCCCAGAUAUGGAGGAGUGGUUAAGGGACAUUUCCGUAACGACAGUUGGAGACCGAGGGAUGAGCGACUAAGAGAACUUCUUGAUCGAUCGCAAUCCACCGAAAUGCUAAUAAAUGCCGAUAAGAAGUAUAUAAGGGGUUAUGGUGUACGUUACACGACCAGCAUAUGAGCAUGAUUGAGUCACGCAAUCCUUUGAUCAUGCGAAUAACCAAUCUACAAAUGGCGGCUUAAAGUCCUGGGACACUUAACGCGAUAUAACAAAAGUCGAAUCUUUCCCUACCCUCUUCCCCAAAAAAUGUUGAAUUCUAGUCACUUUGUAAACUUUAUCAAGAUGUGAUAACUGUUUGCUUUACCAACAUUGUUGGAAGGGGGAAGGGGAAGGGAGAAUUUGUGAAAAAGUAUGAAUUGGCCAA